AUGCUAAAUUAUCUUCUGCACAAGACAACUCAAGAAAGGCACCUGCCACGCCGACACCAUCCAGUCGAUCUUGUCACCCCUAGAACCGUGCCCAUGAACGUGGGGUUGACUCUGUUGCCGGAGGAGCACCAAUGGUUAUGCACGUUCAACGACCGUUUAUCCCACGUCAACGGUAACGGGCGCAUUCUCAAGAUUGCAUCGGUGGACCAUUUAAAUGAGUUGCUCGCCUAUUAUUAUGGCCGAGAAAACUCGCUCAUUCCGGCGUCUUCAGCAUUUCCGUACUUGCACGGACUCCACAACAAAUCACAACGACUCUUCUUCGAGUCGUACGCAAGCCCUCAGGAUCUGUUAAGGCUUGCUUCGUACGCCCAUUAUCCGAAAAAGCCGCAAAUCCGAAACCACAGCCACUUUUCCUUGAUGGCUGUGGAUGCUGCAAGGUCCUCGGUUCCCAAAAUUAUCAAUGCUUCGUAUCUCGACGACGUUUUAACACCAAAGGAAAAUCAUUUUUUGGAGGAUGAUGAUGACGAUGGCCACUUUGAGUACGCAGAGUGCGAGCAUUUGAACGUGGCCAAAGCAUCGUCGCUCGAAGGAAUCAACAAUCGCAACCUUGCAGGACAAGUAAAAAUUGCUGCUUCCUUGUCACAUUUCCUCGUGUUCAGCAACGACAUGGAUUGGGACCGCAACAUCAAAGCUGCCACUGAGCUUCAGGCACUGGCGCAGCAGGAUAAAUUGGUGUAUAUCGUGGACUUUCCAGUGGAAGAAUGGGACCAACUUGGUGCUGGUUUCUUGAACGACACCAAACCCACCGAGUUUCCCAAACUCCUUCAGUGGGAGCAGAAUUCGAUCUGGAAAUUGAACUCGAUCAAGUGGGCGUAUCCGGGUAUAUGUCUCGGCACAUUGACCGAUUUCUCAUAUCUCAGUCGAACCUCGAAACACAACUUUCGAGUCUAUAUCAACUGUCACGAAAAGGCUCAGUUUCCCAAUCCCCAGUCGCUCGAUAAAGCCUUUGCCGAUAUCCGCAGCUCGCUGGCGUGCAAUCCAUUGUACAUUGAGUUCCCAAGCUCAGGUAUAGUCAUGGCGGGCUCAUUAACGGACUCUGAGUCGCUCAGCAUGCUCAAAGUUUUGCAACUAGUACGAUAUUUCAUCAAAGUGAGAAAACAGGACAUUUUUGUGUUUUGCGUCGACGGGUUUUCUGGUUUGUCCAUGUUCACCAUUGCGUUGGGUUUGUUCAAUUUGAAUGCAAACAUCAGUGUGGAAGAGGUCAUUUUGAAAUUGUUGGGCAACAAGAACAAGACGUGUGCCGGUAGAGACGAUCUUCGGCUCUAUUACUAUCGCCAUGAUUUUGCGUUUUUGAAGCAAUUUAACCCGUACAUUCAAGCGGCCAAGAAUAUACCAUUGGAUUCAGAAACGCUAAUUGAUGAAAUUCCCAAACCCACCAUCGUUUCCACUGCACCAGAUGUUGACUGGUUCAAUAUUAGAGAAGAUAACAACUUUCCAUCCAAAAUUAUCGACAAUAUCCACCUUGGGUCGCAUGCCCAGGCUUCUUCUAUCACCAUAUUGAGAUCAAUUGGAAUCACCAAGAUUGUGUCUAUGGGGGAACGACCCCGGUGGUUUUCAAAGUUACACAUCAAGUUUGAUUUUGAUGUCCGGGACUCGGAUUUGCCGGUGGUUUCGCCAGUGUACCAGUACGAUGGAUGUUCGGUUUACAUCAUCAACAUUGCCAAACAAAACCGGCUCGCCGAGUAUCCCGAACUCGAAACCAUCGUGUACGUCCACAAGCUUCACGACGACGGCCGAGACUCACUUUGGCCGUUGCUUGUGGGACCGGAAGAAGUUCAAACUGCCCUCUUUGGACCGGAACUGAAUUGUCCAUCCACCCUUGUUCAUUGUCGAAUUGGCGUCUCACGGUCGGCAUCGGUGGUGAUUGCCCGGCUCAUGAAGUACAACCGGAUGUCAUUCAUCAGUGCCUACAUGUUUGUUCGGGUUCGUCGGUUGAAUAUCAUUAUCCAGCCAAAUCUUCGAUUUCUCUACGAGUUGUUUUUAUACGAAGAACAUUUGCACCUUACCCGAGGAGAUUGCUGGUGGACUCUCUGCCACGAAAUCGACAAGUUGAAUCGUCAUUAUAUUAGAUAG